GUAUACACAGCGUCAAUUAAAACCAAACGGGCAGGAUCCAAGUGUUGAUGAAUAUACAAAGCAGAUCAAUCAAUCACGUUGUGUAAUAAUCCAUAUCCGGAAACAUACUUCCAAAUCUGCAUGGCCCGAAACGAAUGACGCUUUUUGAUGUAUAGGCAAAAACUGGGCAUUCUUUGAUUAAAUCGGAUAGGCUUGCUGCAUUCUACUGGGUUUAUGUACAUUUGUGAGUCACGGAUGGUUGGAUAUACACGCGUCUUAAGUACCUACACACAGCAUACGUGAAUUUCAAAAUAUAACGGCAUAUAACGCCCAAGAAGGUUGCAACAAAGGGUAAAUCAAAUAAUAAGUACAAUGGAGAAGAGAGUUUCUUAUUUUUACGACCCGGAUGUGGGUAGCUACUACUAUGGACCUGGUCAUCCGAUGAAGCCACAGCGUAUUCGUAUGGCACAUGCUUUGGUACUCAGCUAUGAUUUGUAUAGACAUAUGGAGGUAUUCAGACCUCAUAAGGCUGUUGAACCUGAAUUACUUGCUUUCCAUGACCAUGAAUAUUUACAAUUUCUAUCUGGAGUAAGCCCAGAUAACUAUCGCGACUUUGCAUACCAGCUUAAGAGGUUUAACGUAGGUGAAGCUACUGACUGUCCAGUAUUUGAUGGGUUAUAUGUAUUCCAACAAAGCUGCAGUGGUGCUUCUAUUGAUGGAGCACACCGUCUGAAUAAUCAACAGGCUGAUAUUUCCAUUAAUUGGUCUGGAGGACUGCAUCAUGCAAAACGAUCCGAGGCUUCAGGUUUCUGUUAUCUUAACGAUAUUGUACUGGCUAUACUGGAGUUAUUGAAAUAUCAUGCACGUGUAAUGUAUAUUGAUAUUGAUGUACAUCACGGUGAUGGUGUAGAAGAGGCGUUCUACGUUACCCAUCGUGUGAUGACUGUCAGUUUCCACAAAUUUGGAAACUUCUUCCCUGGUACCGGUGAUGUUACGGAUGUAGGUGUGGCUUCUGGGAAGUACUAUAGUGUUAACGUUCCGCUGAAUGAUGGUAUGGAUGAUGAAUCGUUUGUUGACAUGUUUAGGACAGUUGUGGGUAAAUGUGUUGAAGUAUAUGAGCCGGGAGCUAUAGUGCUACAGUGUGGAGCUGACAGUCUCACGGGCGAUCGGUUAGGCCGAUUCAACCUUACUAACAAGGGCCAUGCUGGGUGCGUUGCGUUCUGUCGAAGCUUGAAUAUACCGCUGCUGGUAUUGGGUGGAGGUGGAUACACAAUUCGUAACGUCGCGAGGUGCUGGGCAUAUGAAACCGGUGUGGUACUAGACAAACAUAAUGAAAUGGCGGAGCAAAUAUCGUUGAACGAAUACUACGACUACUACGCUCCUGAUUUCAACUUGCAUUUGCAACCCACGAAUAUGCCGAAUUAUAACACGUCGGAGCACCUUGACCGCAUUAAGAUGAAGAUUAUUGAAAAUCUCAGGCACGUAGAACGUGCUCCAGGGGUGCAGUUCGCUCAUGUCCCAAACGACUUCUUCCAGUAUGACGACGAUGAAGAUGAGGCAGCACAGUUAGAGGUGUUCGACGAAGGUGGUGGCGUGGCACCAGCCAUAGUACCACAUCGUAAAACAACACCUCCCAUAUAUGUCAAUCACCGCUUACGCAGGAAGGAUUAUAAAAAUGAUUACUACCACCUUCCUGAUAGGGACCAGCAUAUACCGAUAUAGGCCAUGAUUUAUUUUUUUACCAUGCAUCUAAACAUUGGUGCAAUGAGUUGUAACGGGGCGUUAAACGUAAAUUGGCG